AUGGGGAAUUGCAUGGUUGUAGAAGAGAAAGUGGUGAAGGUGAUGGGACCGGAUGGGAAGAUCCUGGAAUACACAUCACCAACCACAGUCCAGCAAGUACUGUCCGAUUCCCCGGGCCAAUUAGUCUGUGAUUAUCCAUCACUUCUGCAACAGCAGCAGAAAUUCUUGCCAGAAGUCAAGCUCGUGGGAGGUCGCUUGUAUUACCUCGUCCCUCUUCUGCCUUCAACACCAACAUCUGCACCACAGCUAGUUGUUAAGAAGCAGAAAGUGAGGUUUGCAGUUCCAGAAGGAGGAGAAUACGAAGGUAGAACGAAGAAUGAUAAAGUUGCUGUAAAAAGUGGAGGAGUGGUGAGAAUAAAGCUGGUGAUUACCAUGCAGAAGCUGGAGGAACUGCUGAAGAAAGAUUGA